UUACUACAAUUAGACAACUGAAAUGAAGUUCAUACCAAAAGCGAUAGAAAUAAUUAUCCUUUUUGGAUUAAUGGUCUGUAUGGCUUUCGGAAACGUUUUACCUAAUGGUGAUAAUUCAAGUUCUUUGACUGAACCAUCAAAGGAUAAAUUGCUAAGAAAUGCUAUCGAUCAGUUGUAUAAAGAAACUAUGAUUCGGCUUGAAAUUGAAAAGAAGUUACGUCUCUUGACAAAUGAGAUUUCAAAUCUUAAAACUGAAGGAGAACACAAUGGACCAUCUACCCAAGAAAAUAAAGGAGACAUUUUACAAAGUAAUUAUUUAGAAAAACAUGUAUGUAUUACUUUCCCUUCUCUUGUAGAAAAAUUUGGAUAUGGAUUUUAUGCAUAUGUGUCCAGUGACCUUACAAAUCCUGGUGGUCAACACACAAUUGUUUAUGACGACAUUAAAACAAAUUUUGACAAUGCAUACAACCAGUACACGGGAAUCUUUACGGUACCAAAGGACGGUCUUUAUUCGUUUACCUGGGUAACACGCGUUCAGUGCAGUGAAGCGUACACUAGUGAACUAAUUGUCAACAAAGAUGUGCUUGGUAGUACAUAUGCUUACUGCGGUUGGAAUACCGUCACUGGAAAUGCCAUUGUAAAAGUGACAAAGGGCGAUGCAGUAUUUAUACGUACCCGACCAGGUGUUGGAAAGGGAAUGAUUAGAAGUAAUGAAUAUGGAAGAACUUCUUUCUCUGGGUUCAUGAUCAAUUAAGAUUCAAGACAUACAAAAGAAUAAUGCAUGCAUAGUUUUGUAAGAAAAUAUUUACGACAUUUUUUUUGUUUG